AUGGCUGCACCCGUGGAGGGUGCACUGGAGGCCCUCCAGGCCUUCAGGGCCUUGGGCUUCACGCUGCACGCGCUCAGCUCCCGGCCGCCCAGCUCGCAGAACGCCACGCAUCGCUUUCUGCAUCGGUGUUUCCCAGGACUGAUCACAAGCCUCCAUCUCACGCAGCCGCAUGGAGCCCCGAAGGGGGCCGUGGCCAGAAGCAUCGGCGCCUGGGGCCUGCUGGAUGACCAGCUGCCCCACGUGCUGGACGCCGUAGCCCAGGGCGUGCCGGCAGCCCUCUUCGAUUUCGGAGGACAGUACACCUGGACGAAGACGGGGGAUGCCCUGCCCCCGGGAGCUGUGCGACUCUCCAGCUGGCCGGAAGUUGUG